UUUUGUAGAUUUAUUGCUAUCUCUGCAUUUAUGAACGAAUUUGAUUUUAGCUCUGUUAUUUAUCGCAUGAGGUCUCCAUUUGCAUUUAAUUGCAUGAGAUUUUUUGUAUGUGCUUAGCGUGCGAACGCUGGGACAAGGGGGUUCUAAUUGUAUACAUUGUACAAGUGAUUAAAAAAACAAACAAAAAUAGUUGAGAGUGACUUUUAUUGGGCAGUCUACUUACCAAUUUACAUUUUAUAAAUCCAAGAAAACUAAAAUCCAUCGUGUUAUAACUCGUAAAUAAAUACAAGCACAUAAUUAACUUAAAUAUUCGCCGAAAUCCAAAUGAGUGAUUUAACUGAUAAAGUUAUUAUUGCAAAGACAGCUUUGAUUGCCGCUUUGGGCGACAAUGCAUCCAAAUAUUUGGCCAACAUGAAGCUGUGGUUCCGUUACAAGUGGUCCAAGGAGGAAUUUGACGGUGAAUCAAGAAAAUUUCUUACACCCGACAAAAUGCAUUUACACAAUCAAUUUCUCAUUGCUAUACUGAACAAAAUCGAUGCUUUCCACACACCGGAACAAGCACCAGCUCUUUUUGCUACACAUAACAGCGCCGGUAUAAACAGUACAUCGGGUGCUGCCAGUGGUGGUAGCAGUAGCAGUCGCAGCCGCAAACGCAAAAGAACUUCACGAGCAUGCAGUGAUCGCGUUACUUUCGAACCGUAUGAUUUUCUCGAUUUUAUAGUUGAAGAUAAUUUGGAAUGCAUUCGCCCCACGGCUGGUACGGACGCUAAUGUUCAAAUAUUGCCAACCCAACGCUACUGUGUACAAGAGUUGUUUUUGCCUGACGCAGGAUUUGUUAUGGGUCGCUUCCUCAUCGGCGCUUGGGAAGUGGGUCUCACGAAUGUUGAAGAUAAUGUGGCCGAGUAUGUAGCAAUGGCAGUGCAAGUGCUCUUGAAAAAUCUUGUAUCCGCAAUUGUAAUGAACCGUAAACAUUACAAAGUAACAGGAGAUGGAUCAUUUUACUAUGAUGUUGGGGCACAAUUAAAAGAUCCUUCGCUGCGUAAUACUGUCACACGACAAAAAAUUGAUGAUGGACCAUUGGAACUGGAUAAAGAAAUUACUUCGCCGAAUUUCAUGCGCCGUUCAAAUGAGGAUGGCGUUUUCUUAUCAGCCUGUGAGGAAGUCGCACCACAAAAACGAGAAAUGAUAACAUUAAAGGAUGCUCAGCGCGCUUUUACCGAUCACAACUUGAUAGCAUCGCACUCGGUGUUUACGAUCAAUAUGGAGAGGUUAACGCAAAUGUUGCACUAA